GAGUGAAAAUUAAACCCUUCAUUAAUUAAACUAUCCAUAAGAAACUUAAUUAAUUAUAUAAUUCAAACAAAAAUUAGUAUUUACUGUUAUCCACUUGAAGUCACUUCUUUGAAAGUACAGCAAAACUAUAAAUACAAGCAGCGCUCUUCAUAUUUCUCACAAAUGCCAUCUAAUCUUAUUACAGAUUUCUCAUUUCCUAUAUCCGCGAUAAACACCAGCAGUAGUGGUGCCGAGGAGGGUUCUUUCUCCAACCACCAACGGGCGGAAGAGAGAGGCCCUCAACGAAGCAGCGGCGAUGGGGAGAGGAACAUUCGGCAAGGCGCUAUCCGAUCUGCUUCGUCAUCCUCUCACCCACCCGCCAUGCAACCACCACCUCUACCACAAAUGGGUCGUUCAAGAAUUAUAAAGCCAAACAGUUGUGGGUGGCAGAUCAAGAUUGUUGGAACAAAAGCAACGCAAAGGAGUUUUGCAUAUUUCAACAAAAGUAUAAUUGUUAUUCCAAUUUUCAUCUAAAUACAAAGCAGAUCCUUGGUGAUAAUUGAAAUUUAUUUUCCGUGGUGUAUGAUUAAGUAAAUUCCCCACAAGAAUAUCAUUGUAACGAAAGAAAAUCGUCCAAUAAUAGAACGUCCCAAAAGCAUUCAACUAGCUAAAGCGGUGAUUACAUCGGUCUCAUAAAUCUAAAGCAACAGAAUUUGAGCAAAAUUCAGGUUCCGAGUUCCACCAGGUUAGGAAGUUUGCCACAAUAUUUCCUUCUCUGUAGAAUUCGAUUUAAUUGCCUCUCAUAAUAAGUUUAUAUUAUAUCUGAGAAUUGGGUGAAUUAUGUAAAUAUACAUAGGCCCGUAAAGUGGAAAUGCACUGUCUUGAGAACAUUGUACAUUCGAA